CAACAACACCAGAGCCCGCGUUUCGUGGCUUGUGUAACACCGCACUCAAAGGGAAGUGUAUACUUGCUUCCAGCCCGCCUGUAAUUAUACUCCGCAUCGGCACAUUGCCCGCCGACGUCGCGCUGCAACAUUACCCAUACUAGAGGUCGCUCGCUGUCAUAGCCGACUAUGCGAUCAUAGGUAUAGGCUCAAAUUGUUUGGUAUACGCUAUUCUUAGACGCAGGGCCAGUAUAUGCGGUCCUCCCUGUCUACAGCUGUGACGAGCUCUCCAAAAGUCGUCGAUGCGGGCUUGCGCCACAGUGCAAGUCGCUCCUCAGACCACGAAUCCAUCCCAAUCAUAGCCACAGAAAGUAUCCGAGCAACUGAGGGCGGAGACACUAUGCCUUCCGAUCAAGUGUCCAGCAACACCUCGCGUCCAGUCACAUCGCAUGGGCGACAGCCAUCCCAAGGAUGGUUCACCGCCGAGCACGAGCCUGAUGGGGGGAGCUAUCCGAAGAGCGUGAAGGAUCAAGGCAUCCCUCUCGUGCCUUACAUCCCCCAAAGGCCACAUGGCAAUCGUACAUCCCGCUCAGGUUCCACAAACACCAAAGGCCGAGGUAAAACGCACCCAGAAGAGGUCAUGGGGCGGAAAGACAGGCUACCGACGCUAGAGCCGUCCCUCUGGUCCGAGGAGAACGAAUCGCCACAGGCCACCGGCAUCAAGCGACACAGAGGUGAUGGUCCCAAGCCCCCAGUCUCCGAAAGCCAAGCAUCUCCCCCGAGCCGGUCGAAUACGCGGCGAUCUACAGCGGACCCUGGACAGUCCUUGGCCUCGGAUCGCUCGCCCCUUCAAAUGCUAGAGGUAUCAUUAAAGGAGAAGAAAAGAGCACGGGUGCUGGAGGCUGAAAUGAAGCUCAAAGAACGAAUGCAAAGGGAGGCCGACGGCCGAGCACCAGCAUCCUCGCAACCCCCAAAUCGGGCCGAUACAAGAGUAGCAGGCCGCGAGGACGCUCCACGAGCCAUGAGUGGACAGGUCCCUAGACACAACCAGUCUGCUGCACCGGGUACGAAGCGGCCGGAACACCGACGCCUUGCUUCUGAGCCCCGAGCCGAAUAUGGUCCCCUGGAACAAAAUCCAUACGAAAGGCCCAGACCAUCCCGCACCAGAGCCCCUUCUCUACAGGACCCAGCGGCAUACGCGGUUGACGGGGGGGCCUAUCCCAGCACUAGACAACCGAGCACGGCGGUAUUGAACAGAGGCACCGCCCCUAGACGAACGGUUACCGUAAGUCACAGACCUGCAGGGCCUCCUAUGGGUCCACGGGCGAUGAACACAGGCAGUCACCAGGAUUCGCGAGCUCAUGCCUCCGCUGCCUCUGAUUCAACCGAACCUAAACAGGAUAAGAUGGCGCCCUAUGGCAGAAAAAAUGUGCCCAGUCAAAUGGAAUCCAGCAAGCCGGGGCCGGGACCGCAAGCACAGCAUGAGUCUGUGGCUCAAAAAGGCAGACCAUUGCCACAAGCUGGUCCAGCUGCAGGUCCUUCGCAACCAAAGACAACGUUCCCUCAAAGUACUGCAAAUAACCUUGCCGGAGUUGCUCCGGAGCUGUCUAUUCCCUUGGGUGCUGACAUGAGCGCCGAUUUGAGCCGUGAGACUUUCGCUACAGAAACGAGUGCGCCGUCAAAACCCAAGGUCUCAUUCAAUGUGCCACCGCCCACACCUCCUCCACUAUCGGAGUGGAAGACCGCACAAGUUGCCCGACUAGGAGCUUCCGACUUUGACUUCCAGCGACUCGAUGCCGAUCGAAGCAAGACCUGGUGGGAAGGUGCAACGAGCAAUAAUCGUCGACGCAGCAGGGCACUCCCAAGCGACUUCACGCAGAGAACACCGGCUCAAAAAUCAGCAGGUAGCAAACGCUUCCAGCCGCCGAUAUUCCUUAAAUGUGGGCCUCUACUCCGGUAUGGCGGACUAAGGCGAGUCCGCAUUGACGGGCCCAAUGGGCCAUUUAACAAGGAGACAUGGAGAGGUAGCAUCCUUAUUGUGACCCAAGAUUCACGCUCGUCUUAUGAGCCAUCCCCUACCCUACGAAUAUUCCCGCAACCAAUGGAUCUGCUCCCCCCUCCACCAGUUCAGGUAGAUGGUGAAGAAGCUCGCCUUGCACCUGAGUACGUUGAUCCUACGGCAGGGUUGAUGAAGCUGGGACGAGACGGGCGGCCUCUAUAUGUCAAACCAGUGGACCAUAUCGAUGAAGAGACAGACCUCUCGGUUAUCGAGAAUGACGAUGGUCUAUUUGAGAUGUCCCCAAGCAUGGUCGACUACAGCAGUGAGGGUGUCAAGCAACCUGUUCCCGCCAAUCGACUCCACUCCAUGGACGGAGAAGUCGCUGGAAGCUACACUGAGGUCACUGGAGCCCGUCUCUACGCGGACCCAGGGCGAGAUGUGACGUUCUGGAGGUUCAACAUCGAGGUUGAACUAGGCCCUACCGAACAGCGGAUUGCUUAUAGGCUGAAUCAAGGACCUGCCAUAGGGUUCUGGGUUCCCGCACGUGGACAGUCAAUGAACAUUGUGUUCCAUACGGGCAACGGUUUUAGCGCAGCUGUCAACCCCAACAAAUUGUGUGGGCCUGAUCCUUUGUGGCGUGACAUAUUGACUGAGCACCAGACUCAGCCCUUCCACGUGAUAAUUGGGGGAGGUGACCAGAUCUUCAACGACAAGGUCAUAGCAGAGACAGCCCAUUUCCAGGAAUGGGUAAAGAUCAAAAGCUUGGGUGAGAAGUAUGACGCUUCAUUUACAGCCGAGUUUCGAGCCGAGCUGGAGGACUUUUAUCUUGGAAAUUACUCAGCGUGGUUCUCGCAAGGGCUCUUUUCCUUGGUUGGCUCCCAGAUUCCCAUGGUGAACAUGUGGAACGAUCAUGAGAUAAUCGAAGGAUUUGGAUCCUACCCAGAGGAGUUCAUGAACUGUGCUGUCAUCUCGGGUCUCGGGAAUAUCGCAUUCAAGUACUACCUCUUGUUCCAACAUCACAGCGUUCCCGAAGAGACCGAGGCUGAGGAGCCGAGCUGGCUUCUUGGAGCUCAACCAGGCCCAUAUAUUAACCAAAAGAGUCGGCAUCUAUUCAUGUCACUGGGUGACGGAGUAUCUUUCCUUGGAUUAGAUUGCCGUACGGAGCGAAUGACCGAUGAAAUUCUCAGCGAACAAACGUGUGAUCUGAUCUGGGAUCGAUGUCAUCGUGAGAUAACGAGGGGUGAGACCAAGCACUUGAUUGUCUCUCUGGGUAUCCCAUUAGCGUACCCUAGAGUGGCAAUGGUCAAGAACAUUCUCAAUAGCCGCAAGUCCCUGGGUAAAGCCGGACUUUUCGGCGGCUUGGUCAACAAGAAUGGCGGCAAAGUAGAGAUCUUCGACGACCACUGGACGGCUAAGCACCACAAGUCCGAGCGGACGUAUUUGAUCGAGGAUCUGCAGGACUUGGCCGCAGAAAAAUCAGUUCGAGUCACUAUCCUGAGCGGAGAUGUCCAUCUGGCCGCCGUCGGCCAAUUCUACUCGAAUCCGAAAUUGAACAUCCCUAGAGACAAGGACUACCGUUACAUGGCCAAUGUCAUCUCGUCCGCUAUUGCGGACCUGCCCGAGACGGAGAUGAUUUCCGACAUGCUGAACAAGCGCAACCGGGUGCAUCACAUGGAUACCAAUACCGACGAAGACAUGGUCCCGCUUUUCACUCAUGAUGUGAAUAGCAAGCCUCGCAACAAUAAGAGACUGCUACCUCGACGCAACUGGUGCUCCAUCCGCCAAUACCAGCCAGGUUCUACGCCCCCAGGCACACCGCGGUUUGCUCUGAGACCCGGCGCGGAGGAGCCCCGCCCGCGUAAAUUGAAACGAACGCUGUCACUGACCCGUGGGGAUAAGCCUCCCAGCGGAGGCCUAUUCCGCCGGCUUUCAGGCCGUGGCCCGCCACCCACGAAAGAGUUCAAUCUAGGCGAGGCCUCAAUCGGCCGACGGAUGAGCAUGGAUGGGCCCUUCACCUCGGCUGAAACAGGGGAUGGCUUCCAGCCUGGAUUUAUAAAACGCCGGCCCACGAAUGCUAGCCAGAGAAUGGGCAGCCGUGCGGCUGGAGGGCUGGAUGGAUCGAGCAAUAUGGAAGAAGGCCUAACUAUCACGCUCAAUCUCGAGCUCAACCCCAAAGACCCAGCAGGUAUCACGACCCCAUAUAUACUGCUGGUCCCCGCGCUCCGAUACGAAGGGAUGGACUUUGACCUACCAGCGGCCCCGGUCGCCAAGGGGUGGAAGAAAUGGUUGGGAGUCCGGGGCGCCAAGAGAGAGAGGUUGCCAGCGGAGGACACGGAGGUUGAGGAUGACUAUGAUGACGGGAUGAGCGACGAGGAAGAUGAAGAGGACGAAGCUGGCUACGAAAAUCCUCGCGAGGUAUAUGGUGGGGGAGUGGGCGAGGGUAGUAGUAGGAUGGCCCCAGCCGGGUUGGUGGGUGCGAGUGUGGAAGAUAUGGAGGGGGAGGAAGAGAGCGAGAGGGAGGAGACGACUCCUUCGAAGCGAAAAAAGUGGUUCGGACGAUCGAAAUGAGGGGUG